UGCUGGAUCCUUUUUCGGCGAUGCUCUUCUUUGACCAUGGCAUUAUAAACGGAGAUGCUUCGACGCCCCACCACAGUAGCCGCCUUUGUCUGUUUGAGAAAAAGCAAUCUACCAGUCUCCUUUCGACCAGUGGCCCCCAUAGCCACAGCCAGCUACCGUUCAUCCGCCUUUGGAAACAGCCUCAGUGGUCAUAGAAAAGAAAAGACACACGUGUCUUCUUCUUCGGCCAAAGACUUUUCGCGGAUCCAUUGUUUGCCUUCCGCCAACAACAGUUACUGGAAUACUAAUAACAUGUCAUCCGCAGGCUUUGCUACGGGAACCAACGGCGAUGAUCUCGGCGCUGGUUUGCUCUCAUCUGCCAUUCCGUUCCUGUGGAAUGUGAUGACUGUGAUUGUCGGCUUGGCGGCCGUCUUGGGAGGUCUCUUGUACGCCAAACAAGAUUCGCUGCUGUAUUAUCCCGAAAUUGGAGGAAUCCCCAAACGACCCAGCCAGAAUCCACGACGCUAUCGAAGUCCCGAUGAACAUCAGGUACCCUUUGAAACUCACAUGAUCAAAUGUGCCGAUGGAGUCCGCGUUCAUUCCUGGCUGUUGCUCCGCAAACCCAGUUCUCCACAAUCCCCCACCGCCUCGGGCAAAAUGCCCACCAUUGUGUUUUUCCACGGCAAUGCUGGAAACAUUGGAUUGCGAUUGCCCAAUGCUUUGCAAAUGCUACAGUACCUCGAUGCCCACGUUCUCUUGGUGGAAUAUCGCGGCUACGGGGAUAGCGAUGACGCACAAGUCAAUGAAGCAGGGCUCAAAUUGGAUGCGGAAGCGUCGUUGCGGUUUAUUCGAACGCAUCCCAAGGUAGAUCCCGAUCAAAUCUUUAUCUUUGGACGAUCCCUGGGUGGUAGUGUCGCAUUUCAUUUGGCCAUGUACGCACAACAACAGGGAAUCCCCAUUGCAGGAGUCAUGGUCGAAAACACCUUUCUCUCCAUUGCCGCCAUGGUCGACACCCUCAUGCCCUAUGUGGCCCCCUUUAAACAAUUGAUUCUCCGCAUUGGAUGGCGAUCGGAACAAAUUGUACCUCUCUUGACGGUACCCGUCCUCUACUUGGCGGGUGCUCAAGACGAACUGGUCCCACACGCACACAUGAUGAAACUCUACAAAAAGACCCAGUCCAGUCGGUAUUUGAAAAUGCACAUUAUCGAAAAUGGAACCCACAAUGAAUCCUGGUUGCAAGGAGGGACCGAGUAUUGGGCACAAGUCAAAGACUUUAUGAAAAAUGCCGCCAAACUGCAACAAGCUCUUGGAGGUGCUGCUCCCGUCGUGGCACCGAUACAACCAAGUAUUCCAGAGUUACCUCCCGCUCCGCACACCGUGGAAAAAACCAUCGGUCAAGACAUCGGAUCACCCAGUAUCCCCAUCAUGCCGUCACGAUUGUUGGGAAUGAUGUCCGAAGCCGUCAGUGGUGGCAACAACAACGCAGAAACACCUGCCAAGAAGGAAAACUAAAGCCACAUACAUCAUGCUGGCAUCUCCACUGUGAUGCGUGCAUUUUUGUUCAUCCAACCAACACCACCUACAAGUACCGCAUGAUGUGGCUUGGGGCUCGAACUGGCAGAUAUUGUGAGCUGUCUGUCUACAACCAAACUAUGAAAGAGGAGGAUACAACCGAUCAAGAUGAAUGAUGCUAUGACCUGCUUUGGAUAACUUUCUUUUGUCAGCGAUGAAAAGCAUCCAAACUUAGUAGCUUCUACUCCAUCGUACACAUAGACCUAACUAUCGCUCUCCUCUUCUACAACAGCCUCCUGGGGCUCCUCUACGGGUGCGGCUUGCUUGGUAGCCGCAAACAUGCCGUACUCCAUCAAACCACGCUUGAAAGCACGGUGCAUUCGUUCCAAACACCAACCAUCACGGAAGCAUUUAAAGUACUUUUUGGGUUUGAAAAUCCAUCCUCUUGGAUCGUAGACACCAACCCAGAUGGAAUGACGCCACGAGGCAAUGGUUGGUUCACACCAGUCGUCCGUCUUGAUGUUUUCCAUCACAUUGGUCUUUUGCAACAACUCGUCGUACGCUUCGAUAGAGAUAAAGUAGGGGUGUGUCCUGGUAGCACCGUGAAUACGGAAAUGGAAUGUGAUGGUUUGUCGUGUCAUUGAAGUAGUUGUGAAUAUCGCAAGCAGUUGGUGAGAACAACACAUCAUCCAUGGCACACUUCCAACAAAUAAAUCUACACGCUUACCAUUCCUCGUAC